UUUCCGGUUGUCUUUGCACAACCUGGUUUAAACGAGGCUAACUGUUAGCAAGUUGCUGACAGCACACGCCCUCCUAAAGUUGUCACUUAAACUUUGUUUUGUGUCCAAUAAUGUACUUUACGGCAUAGAUUGUUAUAUGGUUAUUUAAGACAACAUUUGGACCUUCUGAAUGCUGAGUGUGCGGACACUGUUCGGCAUCGGCUUCCUUGUGAGCUCCCGGGCCACGGCAGUCUUUGCGCAAAUAGGGAAAUGCGCUCCGUCUGCAGCCGCUAACAACCACCCCACAGACUGUUACACAAGCAGACCGGCGUCCACCAUGGCCCACACCAUCAAAUACCUCGGACAGGAGGAGGCGCAGCACAUUGAUGAGGAGCUCUUCAGUGAGUAUGGCUUCAGUGUGGACCAGCUGAUGGAGCUCGCUGGCCUCAGUUGUGCUACAGCUAUCACAAGGGCAUACCCUUUAAGUUCCUUGGUGAAGGCCAAAGCCACAGUGCUGGUGAUAUGUGGACCAGGCAACAACGGCGGCGACGGUUUGGUGUGUGCCAGACACCUUAAGCUUUUUGGUUACGAGCCCUCCAUCCUGUACCCGAAGAAGCCCAACAAACCGCUGUUUCAUGGUCUGACCACCCAGUGCCAGAAAAUGGAGAUCCCCUUUCUCACUGAGAUGCCUGAGGCCCGAGUGAUUGAUGAGGCUUUCAACCUUGUGAUCGACGCCAUCUUUGGCUUCAGCUUUAAGGGGGCUGUGAGAGAGCCUUUUGGUUCCAUCAUAGAUGUCCUGAAGAAGACCACCGCCCCCAUUGCCAGCAUCGACAUCCCCUCAGGUUGGGAUGUCGAGCAAGGAAGCGUCGAUGGGCUCCAGCCCGACACGCUCAUCUCUCUGACCGCUCCCAAAAGCUCUGCCACUUUGUUCAAAGGACGCCAUCACUUCCUGGGUGGGCGCUUUGUGCCGCCCGGCCUGCAGAGGAAGUACCAGCUCAACCUCCCGCAGUACCCCGGCACGGAUUGUGUCUUAAAAUUGUAACAUUUUGCGGAGAGGUUUGUGCCGUCUAAGUUAUUCCCUGGUGUGCGUAAGCCUUUAAGAACAUGCACUACAACAGACUUCAUCUUGAGUUUUCUCCUUUUUUUUAAUUAGCACAUUGAAUGUUUCACUUAUUGUACCAGCAAUUUAAUUGGAAAGACAAUCCAUCAUAGUUCCAUCCAUCCAUCUUCUUC